AUGGUCGCCUCUCCUCCGUUGCUGUCGAUUUUCGAAGGGAUACAAUCGAGAACAACCUCAGAAUGGUUUUGGAUUCUUCGGACCGAACGUGAGUAUCUCAAAGAUUCGUACAUGGAUGCUGCAUUAGCUCUACUGAGAGUUCGGCACAACCUUCAUCCGGAGUGGUUUAGGAGUGAAAGAGUGUGCUUUGGUGAGUGCAUGUUAACCAUGAUGUGGACUGCCAAGUACAAGGAGGAGUUUYUGCCUUCUUCUGCAAAUGCAGAUGGUGGUGGUAAACUCCUACCUGCUGGAUCGUUGGAUUACCAAAAAGAACAAAGAAGCUAUGGGGUGUUGAAGUUGAUGAUAUAUACGUCCCAUUGCAUAUCAAAGGCGAUCAUUGGGUGGCAUUGUGGAUAA